AUGCCCCAAAAGAAAAACCGAGUUGCGAUUGUUGGCGCUGGGCCCGCAGGCAUGUCCUGCGCCUCUGCUCUGGCCAACCAUCCCGAUCGCUUCGAAGUGACCCUCUUUGAUAUUGCCUCGUACACCGGCGGCCAAGCAACCUCCAUCUCCCUAGACGAAGCCCGCUACGGCGCCGACUGGCUGAACGAUGGCGUGCAGGGUGGCUCCCCGAUUUUCCGACACACCUUCAACUUCUUCCGGCGGUACGGCUACGAGCCUCGUCCGGUGAAACUGCAAGUCGCGUUCGGCAAGGGCGUGGAGAACUUCUUCACGAAUGUCUUUCCCUCGCCGCUCGUCGACCAGCAGUCCGACGAGAUCAAGAAGUUGGGCCGCGUGCUCAAAUGGAUUAAGCGCCUGUUUCCAAUUCUGGGGCUUAUGCCCAUCAAGGUGAUAAUGAAGCUGUUCCGGUUCAGCGAGGACUUUGCCAACAAGAUGGUUAUCCCGAUUAUGGCGCUGUUCCUGGGAACGGGGAACCAGACACCGAACGUUUCGGCUGCACUGCUGGAGAGACUGUUUGAUGAUCCCAAUAUGAGACUAUGGGAGUACGAUCCGGACACAUUACUCCAAAAUCAACCAACCAUGUACACGUUCCCGAACCUAGGCGACUUCUACCGCGACUGGGCCGCAGAUCUGGCGUCCAAAGGCGUGGACAUCCGUCUCAACACCCCAGUCGAAAUCCUCAAACGAGACAACCACGGCAUCACACUCCGUCCGCGACCCACCCGUCCGGACAGCGCAACCGCGGAAGCAGUCUUAGACGACUUUUGCGAGAUGUACGACGAACUCGUCCUCUCGCUUCCCGCCGACGAAGCCAAGGCCCUGCUAAGCAAACACGCCACCUGGCGCGAGCGGUACGUCCUCGGCGGCGUGGCCUUCUACAACGACAUCACCAUCACCCAUUCCGAUAGCGAGUACUUCAACAGCAUCUUCGAGACGCGGUACAAGCCGGAUCUCUGCGCCAAGGGCGCCUCGGCCACCAGAGAGGAGCAGAUCGCGUUCGCGAAGCAGCAGCCCUCGUGCAGGAUGGACGGGUGGGAGGGCUUCGCGCCCAUGUAUUUCACGCACUCGUUCGCCAACGCGCACCAGUGCAUCGAGAUGGGCUUCGACUGCUCGAAUUACCAGCAUCAGUUCCGGGACAGAGUCGGGGAGGGGAAUCCCCCGCUCGAGCCGGAGAGGCAUGUCUACCAGACGAUCUACCUUGAUGAUCGGCAGAAGCACCUGUGGACGUGGGAGAGCGUUAAUCCCGACAAGAUCAUUGCGAAGAAGUGGUGGCGGCAGUUUGGGCAUCGGUGGCAGCAUUAUCUGCGGGUUGUACCGGGGAUGAUGUUCAUCAAUGGGAAGAAUCGGACGACGUACGCGGGGGCUUGGACUAUGGUGAAUAUGCAUGAGAUUGCGUGCAUCUCCGGUCUAGCAGCUGCGUAUCGCCUUGGGGCCGCGUACGAGCCGUUUGACGAUUUCGCGGAGGAUCUGUUCGCCAAGUACCUGCUUGUGUCGCAUGGAGUGCGGUAUAAACGAAGGCAGUGA